AUGAACAACUUCAGUGGCUCCCCCAUCCCAGACUUCAUUGGCUCUCUUACCAACCUUGAAUACCUUAAUCUCUCUAAUGCCGGAUUCAAAGGAAUCAUUCCUCAUACCCUUGGAAACCUGUCACGCUUGUACUACUUUGACCUUAACUCCAAAGCAUCCUCUAUAGUCCCUUAUGUUGAUGACCUCCAUUGGCUCUCUGGAAUGACAUCUUUGCAUCACCUUGACUUGAGUGGAGUGGACCUAUCUAACGUGCAUGCUUGGCUUCAUGAUAUUAAUAUGCUCCCUUCUCUACUUGUCUUGAAACUCUCUGAUGCUCGACUCCAAGCUGAUGCUGGUGUCUUGAGCUUGUCUUUUAACCUUUUUGAAGGAGUAAUUCCAGAGUCCUUGGGAAAUCUUGGUAGCUUGGAGAGACUUGAUUUGUCACAAAAUAAUCUGAAUGGUAGCAUUCCGGAAUCUCUUUGCAAUCUUACAAAUUUAGUUUACUUUGAUUUGUAUUAUAAUAAGAUUGGAAAGUUGCCAAAGACCAUUGGGAGGCUGCAGAAGUUGGAGGAGUUUCAUUUGUCCAUAAACAAAGUUCAAGGAUUGAUACCUGCAAGCAUUGGGGAUCUAAGAAACCUGCAAUACUUGGAUUUGUCAGAUAAUAUGAUCACUGGAGAGAUUCCCGAAUCCUUUGGUAAUCUCACACUUCUGCAGCAUUUUGAUGGGGCAGGAAAUAAUUUCAGCGGCAAAUUGCCUGAAACAAUAGGGAAUCUUAUUCACCUGCAGAUUCUAAAUUUAUCCGGAAAUAUGAUGCAAGGAAAGUUACCAGAGAGUCUUGGAAAUCUUAGCCAAUUGCAGCAGUUUAGAAUGGGGGGCAAUGACAUCACAGGAGGUAUACCAGAAUCUGUAGAAAACCUCUCUAGCUUGUUUGUGCUUGAUUUAUCCGAGAACAACAUCAAUGGAACAUUGCCAAAAGGCAUGAGGAAUUUAUGCAAGUUACAGAUCUUAGAUUUUACAAGGAAUUUUAUCAGUGGAGGCAUUCAUGAUCUUGUUGAUGGAUUGUCUAAAUGCAGGGAGAACAAGAAUGGCUCACAUUCAGAAAGUAGUGAGGGUAUGAACACAUUGUCUCUGGGAAACAACAAGCUGAAUGGAACAAUUCCAGAGAAUAUAGGCCAAUUAUCUAAACUGAGUUUCCUGGGUCUCCCUUCAAAUUCGUUGACGGGUGUCUUAACUGAAUCUCAUUUUUGCUAA